AUGCGGCUAGUCACCCGAUACUUUCUUUGUAUUAUUGCGACGCCUCUCUUGAGCGAAUUCCCUCUCCACAUUCUCGAAUUCGUCGACGAAAAAACUCCUUUUGUCGCUGCUGAAGAUGGCCAGUCUGGACAUCAGACGUUGCAGCACGAGGAAAGCGGCAGAAAGUCCCUCGAUAUCGGCUCAGUCCCUCAUGAGAGCAAUGCCGAAAACAAGAACCUCAGCGAUGUCGACACCACACCGCCGAGAAAUACAGCCUUUGUUACAAUGUUGGCGAUUGUUGGGAUUGUUAUCCUUUACAUGCUGUGGCAGGUGAUUUGCUUCACUUGCCAGAUGCAGCGCAGCAAUCAAGAGACUCUAUUAUUCCAGUGCCUCUACUGGGGGUUGACUCUGCCCGCCGCUGGCCGUCUCAUGUACGGGCUCACCGCCUGCGCAACAUACUACGUCUACGUUCAUCGUCCCCGCUGGCUGCGGCGAGAGACUCCGCUCCGAGAGCAAGCAUUUCAGGCAUACGCGAUAGUGUUGGUUGUAAAGAUGAAGCUUUUGGCUGUUGUUGUUGUAGGAUUUCUGGUCAAGAUAUUGGUGUAUGACAACUUGAUCAAGCUGGCGGCCAUGAUGUUCCGUGUCAAGGACUGA